GCAGGCAUAUGAACAAGUUAAGAGUGAGCUGCAAGAAAGUUUGAAGACAAAAGAGUUGAAGUUAAACUAAAGGAGAAGAAAGAGGAGCAAGAAAGAGCAAGUGGAACCCUAGAGUGAAACAGGAGAUGGAGAGACCUAUUCUGUUCCUCUUCCUCCCAUUAUUUUCCCCCUUUCUACUUUUCUCCCACUUUUUGUGGUGACUUGGAAACUUCUCUGCCUGGAAAUUCAAUAGAAGAUUCUUUUGAUAGCUUUUCUGUCAGUAUUUCACCUCUCCAAACUCCCAUUGAUAUGAGCUGUCUCCAUCAUAUUCAGCUCCAGCCUUUAAUCAUGGGAGCCUUUCUCCUUGUUUUCUUACGUCCCCUGACUUCUCCUCAAUCAACAGAAACCAUGGAUCUUUGUAGAAGUAGAAACUCUUUUGAUAUUUUUCCCUCACUGCUAUAAUCUUUUAGAAGUUUGAGAAAAUAUGGCUUCUGAGCUUCAGUAUAUGACAUACCUUCUGUAACUUUUUGUUUAAAUUUUGGCUGGCUGUGACUUGACUUCGGCUAGACGAAACUACUGGAAAAGAAAAUGAGCGGAUCUUUAGAAAGAAAGAGACUCUCUCAUGCCAAGUCAGGAGUGAAUGCCAGCAUGAUUGAGAUCUGACCAACUGUGUCAAUACUUGACGUGUGGAGGAAGGGCCUAACAUAGUUAACAUCUGCUGAGCUACCAUGGCAGACCCGUCUGCUUUGGUGCCCUCCUCAAUGAUGUCGCUACCACAAGUAAUUGAGUCCACAGUCAUGAGUGAACCCCAGUGCUACUACAAUGAAAACAUUGCCUUCUUUUAUAACCGGAGUGGAAAAUACUUAGCCACUGAAUGGAACACUGUCAGCAAGCUUGUGAUGGGACUGGGUAUUACCGUCUGUAUCUUCAUAAUGCUGGCCAAUCUCUUAGUUAUGGUGGCUAUUUAUGUCAACCGCCGCUUCCACUUUCCUAUUUAUUACUUAAUGGCGAACUUAGCUGCUGCAGACUUCUUUGCAGGGCUGGCCUACUUUUACCUAAUGUUUAACACGGGACCAAACACUAGAAGAUUGACUGUAAGCACCUGGCUUCUUCGCCAGGGUCUCAUUGACACUAGCCUGACGGCCUCUGUAGCCAAUUUGCUGGCCAUUGCUAUUGAGAGGCACAUUACGGUCUUCCGAAUGCAGCUGCAUACUCGGAUGAGCAACCGACGAGUGGUGGUAGUAAUUGUUGUCAUCUGGACUAUGGCCAUUGUGAUGGGUGCUAUACCAAGUGUCGGCUGGAACUGUAUCUGUGAUAUCACUCACUGCUCCAAUAUGGCGCCACUCUAUAGUGACUCUUACUUGGUUUUCUGGGCUGUUUUCAACCUGGUCACUUUUUUGGUUAUGGUGGUCCUAUAUGCUCAUAUCUUUGGGUAUGUCCGCCAAAGGACUAUGAGAAUGUCCAGACACAGUUCUGGGCCCCGCAGAAAUCGGGACACCAUGAUGAGUCUCCUGAAGACCGUGGUCAUUGUGCUUGGUGCUUUUAUAAUCUGCUGGACCCCAGGAUUAGUCUUGUUGCUUCUUGAUGUUUGCUGUCCUCAGUGUAAUGUCCUGGCCUAUGAAAAAUUCUUCCUGCUACUUGCUGAAUUCAACUCUGCCAUGAACCCCAUCAUCUACUCCUACCGGGACAAAGAAAUGAGUGCUACCUUCAAACAGAUCCUCUGCUGUCAGCGCAGCGAGAAUGCCAACGGCCCCACCGAAGGCUCUGACCGCUCUGCUUCAUCGCUCAAUCACACCAUCUUGGCUGGAGUACACAGUAAUGAUCAUUCUGUGGUUUAAAAAGGAACUGAAAGAUCAAAAAGAACCACAGAGAAUUUUUAUUGAUGGAUGAACAAUAACAGGCUAGAAAACCACAUAGAGAGGGCUGGGCACAACGAAAGUAACAAACUCACAAGACAUUCUUAAAUACUAAUGGACUACAGUACUCUCUUUUUGCCAGAAAACCCACCCACGCACAACCCAAGCCAUGUAUGCAGAACUGGCCGUGCUAUAGCCCUCAUCCUUUCUUCUACUUUCUGAAACUAGAAAGCAGAUUCCUUGCAAUGGAAUUCAUAAGUAGCACUAGAAAAGUCUUAUUUAGACUACACUAACUAGACUCUGUCAGAAUAUGCUUUGUCUUGGUGCCAAUUGAAAUCAACUCUGAUUAAUUAAGCGUAUACCUGCUUCACUGCAUUUACAUGUAGACACUUAGUCUUGUUUUUAAAAAAAAGAAUGCAUUUCAUUUAAUAAAUACUUAAUAUUUAUCACCAUCUGCAUGCUUGUGAUGGACAUUAACUGUGCAGGGAGAAAAAAACAUGCUGUAGUCUUUGUAUUCUUAGCGACACUGCCAUAACUACAACAAAACAAAAAUAUUUUUCUAAUACAGGUCACAGGAAAACGAUGGAAAUUCCGACUCUUCCUACCUUCUUUACUGGUGUUAGAGCACACUUGUUCUGUGUGAUGGCGGACUGUUUUAAUUCAGAAAAAGAUGCUCAUUGUAACGUCCGCAGGAAAGUAGAAAAGCAUAGACUGUAUUACAGUGUUUGUUUAGAUUAUGAAAUAAACAGUACUCUAGUCACAAGGUACAGUAGUUAACUUUCUUCUUUGAAGUGUGGUAUUGGAAUAUGUAACAUACACAAAGGGUCCCAAGUUUAUUCAUGGUCAGCUCCUUAGAGCUACAGUCGCGAGGCUAAGCUGACGCACAAGAGUGUUUUGUAAGAUGUAUUUAUGGUAUUGGAGUGUUUUUCUCAUUCAUUGUGGAAUGCAAAGGGAUUUUUUUAAUGCAUAAUAUAGUGUACUUUGUAAACGCUUUUUUAAAAUAUAUAUUUUUUUGCACUGAGUGAGGGACAUUUUUGAGGGUAUCUAAAAAAUUAUUUACUCUUCAUCUCAUAAACAGUAGUUACUUGGAGCUACGGUACAAUUUUAUUUUUUAAUGAGACCAAAUAGAUAAUCUGUCAAACAAUUGAAACCUCCAUUAUGGUAAGCCAGCCAAAUAGCUGGACAUCUCAUACAUGGCUACUUUUAAGAAGAGAUACCACCUGUCCAAAUAUAAACUCCUAUGAAUUAUUAAAUGCUAAUGAAAAGCCAUAGUCUGCCAUCAAAUAAAUUUUAUGAAGAAGAGAUCUUUGUAUUAAAGAACUUGGGACCUUUGUAUGCCAAAUUACUUGUUUGUGUGAGUGCGCCCAUGUGUGCAUAACAAUGUAAUGGACCAUAACUAAAGUUCACGACAGGCUGUUUUCCAUGUUGUUAGAUGCCUAAAUAAUAACUUGCUUGAGGUUUAUCAGUCAGUGUAAUGCUCUGGAAUGUUGCGUAACCGGUGUUGGGAUACUGUCAUGAGGCUAUUGUGCAGAGGUGGAUAGAGUAUUUAGAUUUAAGAAGGAUGCCUGAAAAAGGGAAGUCAGCACUAAGGAGGCAGAGAGAGUGUAAAGUUGCCUCUGUGUGUGUGUGUGUGUGUGUGUGUGUGUGUGUGUGUGUGAGAGAGAGAAAUCAAUGGGAGUUUUGCCAUUGACUUCAGUGGAGCCAGGAUUUUCACCUGUAAUGUUUAGCAGGUGUGCAGGGGCUGUGUGAAAGUGGGGGAGAUGAGAGCGGGCAGGUGGGCUUAGAGAAGGUGUCCAGGGAUCACGUGUCAGUUAAACAAGGGAUGGAUAUUUACGCUUACUUUGUACAAAACACAUAUCGCUAUAUUCUUUACUGAGGUUGAGAACAAAUGAACUCAUGAUUUUUCACGCAUGUAACUACAAUGAGAACUAGAAGAUGGGCUGUUUGAACUUAACGGGGGGAAAAAACCCUCCACACUAAGCCACUAAUAAAGCUUUCUCAAUGAGU